AUGUCGGACUCUGAAAAUCAUGAAGAAUCUAUACAAGAGACCCGACGCUCAGGCCGGAGAGUCGUCGAGAGUAAAAAGGUACUUUUAAAAUAAAGUUAUCGUUAAAAACUGUCAUUUUUGCAGACCACAAAGACAAUGUCGGCGUUGGAACGUCUGAAGGAGGCGAGAGCGACCGGAAAGGCGUACCGACCAGAGGUUUGUCUUUUUUUCCAGAAUUUUGCCUCAAAAUUAAGUUUUCCUCACUUUCAGCUGGAAGUCGACGACGUGUACGACACUGUCGACGACGCAGAAUACGAGAAAAUCGUGGCGAAACGUCAGCAGGACGAUUUCGUUGUCGAUGACGACGGCGGCGGCUACGUGGAUCACGGCGAGGACUUUGAGGACGAAUACGAGGGAGAAUACGUGGAAGACGGCCGGAAAAAGGACAAAAAGGCGAAAAAGGAGAAAAAAGAGAAGAAGGGUGGUUUGCACGCGUUCCUUUCCUCCGCCAGCCACAAAAAGGCGGUUGUAGACGAGAAAAAGGUGAAAGAGGCGCUGGAAGAGGACGAGGAUCUAAAGGACAUCAUGGGGCAGUUGGAGUCAGACGACGAUGAGGUCGUGGAAGAGACUCCUCAGCGGAAAGAGCCGCGCAAUCCGUUCAAAAGGGGGCGGAGCGAGGAGUCGCCGACGAGCACGCUCGCACCACGGCCAAUUGUAAAGAAAGCAAAAACUUUGGGAGCACAUCUGAAAAAGAAGGAGCCGGUAAAGAUCAUGCAGAAGGUGGAAAUGGAAGAGGACGACGAUGAGGAUUACGGAAUUCCGGUUUUCGAUGACAUUCCAGCAGCAGAACCAAUCAAAUCGGAGCCACUUUCCCCGCCUCCAGCUCAAUCGCAACCUGAAAAAAUAGAAAUAGACGACCAAGAAGAAGUGGAGAAACUGACGGGAAGUCAGGAAAGAAUGAAGGUGGUCGAGGAGGGACUGGAGAAGUUCCGAGUGAUCGAAGGAUGGGAAAGCCAGGAAACUGCCGAGGAGGAGGUGAAGGUGGAGGUCAAAACGGGCACCGAACCGUUCUAUGUGACCGCUUCGAACGGAGAAAAAGCUGUUAGAAUGUACUGGAUCGACGCCUACGAGGAUGUGCACAAGGCUAACGGUGAGGAGUAGAAAUUAUUCGCUUUUCUUUUAGAAACUCUUACUACAAAAUUUUACUUUUCAGGCACAGUCUACCUGUUCGGAAAAGUGAAAACCUCGUCGAACACGUGGGAAAGUUGUGCGGUGAUCGCGCGGAACAUCUGCCGAAGAGUGUAUUUCAUGCCACGUCACACGCAUCUCAUGUCCGGCGCCGACGUCAACGCCGUCGACCUGCACAAGGAGAUCGGACAAAUUAUGAAGAGCAAGUUCGGAACGAACGAGUUUCGGUGCAAAAUGAGCGAGAAGGAGCUGAUUCGCGACGAGGCGUUCGGCAGCAUGGGCGGUCAGAAAGUGCAAAUGAUGGAGGUGUUGUAUCCGGUGAGUUUGGGGUUACUGUAUAGAAUUUCUGAAGUUUUCAUUAAAAAUCCCAGUGAAAGUACAUUAACCCCCUCUUUUUCCAGGCCGAAAAAGGAAAACUGCCAGCGGACAUGAACGGCAACACGUUUUCCCAUGUCUUCAACACGUCUGUGACCCCACUGGAACGUCUUCUGAUCGAAAAGAAGUUUAUGGGUCCCGGAUGGAUCGACCUUUUCAACUACUCGGAUCCGAAAGCGAAGACGACGAAUUGCAAGUACGAGUUCGAGGUGGACAUGGAGAGAAUGAAGAACAUCGCCUACCUGGAGGACGCCGACAUCGACGACAAAUCGGUGAAUCCGACGAUCCGCUUGCUCGCCCUCAACGUUGUGACGACCUUGAACGAGAAGAAGGAGCACGAGAUCUGCAUGAUUUCGAUGCUCGCGAAUCCGCGCUGCGACCUGACGCAUCCGAGCGGCGAUUCGAAGCACUUCAAGCCCAAGUGCCUCAUUACUCGCCCGUUCGGCGGCUCGCUCCCGUUCGACAUCCAAAAACGGCUCGAAACGGACAAACUGGCCAAGUUUGUGAAGACGGUGCCCAACGAGAAGGCGCUGCUCACGCUGUUCCUCGCGUGGAUUCAGGAGGAGGAACCGGAUAUGUACGUGGGACACGAUCUCGCCGCCUCGGUUUCCCUCCUGGCCAAUCGAUUGGAGAAGCUGAAAGUGGCCAACUGGUCCCGCAUCUCUCGACUCAAACGGGCGAUCAGCAUUGGAAAGAUCGGACACUCCAAAUCGGGCCAAUGGGAAUUGACGGCCGGGAGAUUGAUGUUGGACUCGAAGCUUGCCGCCAUGGAAUUGGUCAAAUCGAGAAGUUUCGACCUCACCGAACUCUCUCAACAGAUCCUCGGAGCACAGCGCCGAGAGAUCUACGUCAACGAGAUCUCGCAGCUGUACCGGGACUCGAAGGACGUGGUCAGCAUGAUCAACUGGUCGUGGAACGAUCUUCUGCUCUCGGUUCGGAUUGUGGUCCGGCUCAACGCACUUCCCCUCUACGUGCAGAUCUCGCAGAUCGUCGGCGGAAUCGCCUCGCGGACAAUGAUGGGCGGAAGGGCCGAACGGAACGAGUAUCUUUUGCUGCACGCGUUCGAGAAGGCCGAUUUGAUCGCGCCCGACAAGUACAACGCGUUUGAGAACAAAAAGAAGAAGCAGGCGGAGCACACAGAGGAAGCGGAGGAGAAGAAGAAGGCGCAGUACUUGGGCGGUCUGGUGCUAGAGCCCAAAAAAGGACUCUACGAGACCCUUAUCCUCUUGCUCGACUUCAAUUCCCUCUAUCCGAGUAUCAUCCAAGAAUACAACAUUUGCUACACGACUCUUGAAUACGCGAAAGACGGCGACGAGCAGCUGUCGACGCCGCAGAGCACGGACGGCGAGGGCGUGCUUCCGCGCGAAAUCCGCAAGCUCGUCGAGUGCCGGCGCAACGUCAAAUCGGUGAUGAAGAGGGAGCGGAACGAGGCGAAGCGGAAGCAGCUGGACAUUCGGCAGAUGGCCCUGAAGCUCACCGCCAACUCGAUGUACGGAUGCCUCGGAUUCCAGUACUCGCGGUUCUACGCGAAGCCCCUGGCUGCUCUGGUGACGGCGAAAGGGCGCGAGAUUCUGAUGCACUCGAAGGAUCUCGUCGAGAAGAUGGGAUAUUCGGUGAUCUACGGAGACACCGACUCGAUCAUGAUCAACACGAACUCGCUCGAUUUGGAGGCCGCCAAGAAGCUGGGCGCCGAGAUCAAGAAGGCGGUGAACAAGUGCCAUCGGCUCCUGGAGCUCGAUCUCGACGGCGUCUUCAAGCGGAUGCUACUGUUGAAGAAGAAGAAGUACGCGGCGUUGACGGUGAAUCCGGACACGAAAGCGGAGGCGAAGGAGCUGAAGGGACUCGACAUUGUGCGCAGAGACUGGUCCCAGUUGGCCAAACAGGCCGGAACGUGAGUUUAAACUGAAAUUACCCAAGAUGUGCUGUUAGAGCGCUCAAAAUAUAGGAGUACCUUUUUUAUCAGAUUUAGUGCAAAAAAGCGAAAAUUAAUCCAAAAAUGCAUCUCUUAUAAUGUGAAUUUACGAUUUUCGAUUUCAGAGCCGUCGUCGACAAGAUCCUGGACGCGUCGCUGACCCGCGACGAAAUGGUCUCCUCGAUCGACGACCUCCUCAAAGAGAUUCGCCAGAAACUCGAUGCGGGUGCGGUCCCUCUGGAAAUGUUCCAAAUCUCGAAGCAACUCACCCGCAACCCGGAACAGUACGCCGACGUCAAGGCGCAAUCGCACGCGGCCGUCGCGCAGAGACUCAACGCGAGCGGAAAGUUCCAUUUGCGGCACAACGACAUUGUCGAGUACGUGAUUUGCGAGGACGGCACCGACAAUCCGGCCACGCAGAGGGCCUAUCAUCGCACCGAAAUGACAGAUAACAAGGCACUCAAGAUUGGUAAGACUCCUCCAUUCUCAGCCGGAACUUCACUGAACUCUUGCCUUUUUUGCAGAUCUCCAGUACUAUCUGGCUCAGCAGAUUCACCCGGUCGUCUCCCGAUUGUGCGCGCCGAUCGAAGAGACCGACGCGGUCAGAAUCGCCGAGGAUUUGGGUCUCGACUCGACGAAUUAUCGCAGAGCUGCCGCCGCGCAGGCUUCACAGAGAGCCGCCGAAGAGGACUGCGCGUGGGUUCAGGAGGUGAGCAUCUGGGUGCCGGGAACCGUUUUCUGUCAAGUUUCCCAUUUUGUGUGCGAAAAUUGGCGCAAAAACGAUUUCUGAAGCGCAUUUAGUUAGAUUCAUCCAUCUGCUCUAAAAUUUCAAGUCAAAUUACACCUUGAGCACUUUCGCCCCUCCGUACUUCUUGAAAGUGUUUUUCAGACCCGACGCCUUUAGAAUUUGUUUUUUCUGGACCGAUUCAAAUGAAAAUUGGUGUCCCCUCCACUUUCUUAUCACUGUUUCAGAACUACGACCUGUGCGAGGGAGUGAAUAUUGUUUGUCCCCACUGCGGCCACACCAACAUCAUUCGAGACACUUUUGAUUGUGUGGUAAGUUGCGAGACGCAGACGACGAACACAGCCGAAAAGCGCCGAUUUCGCAACUUUGCAUGAAAAUUUCCAUUUUUUUUUUUGCAUUUUCAGACGGAUGCCACGUGUCCGCGACUGUUCCUGGCCGCGUGUGGCAACUGCAAAAAUUCGUGGGAAUCCACGGAGCACCGCGCGUUCAUCGCCAACCAAAUCGACCGUCAGAUGGCCGAAUUUGUGGCCCGACACCAUGUCGCCGGAUUCAAGUAUGUCUCCAGCUUGUCCAAUUGUAACUUUAGAGCAUUCUUCAGAUGCGACGAGCCGACGUGCGAGUUCCGGACGCGAGUGCAGACGAUGAAAUGGUGCCGCGAGGGCCUCGAGUGCAUAAAAUGCACAACGGGCGUACUGCGCAGGGAGUACACCGCCAAACAGCUCUUCGAUCAGCAAAUGUUCUUCCGCACCAUUUUCGACGUCGACAGUGCCGUGCGCAAGUUGAGCGACGCGCAGAGAAGUGAGUGGGGAAGUAGCGCGCAAAAGUUUCAGAGAAAAGAAUCUUCAAAGACCAAAAUCUUCAGUCUUUGAGCACCAAUACGUUUAAAAUCCCAGAAAACCCGUUUUCCUACCUCUUGAAUACACGAAACGCUCUACUUUACAGUGUGCCUACAAAAUAGUUGCCUCCAAGCUUCUGUCCGCCUCUUUUUCCUAUAGAAAUACUAAUUUCCUUUAAUUCCAGAAUCCGCGGAGAUGGCCGACCGCCAGCAAUUCCAGGCGUGUCGGAUAGAUUCGAUGGAGCUGGUGGAGCGACUGAACCGGAAGUACCUGGAACGGAACGCCUACAAUCGCGUCGACCUCGCCUACAUCUUCGCGCCGAUGAUGAAGAUCUGA